GAUUUUUUGGGCCACAAACUUUAUUCUAUUAAUUAAUUAUCGCGUUUGAUUCAUUUGAUAAUGUGCGAUAUUUCCAACAAUUGUUUAUGUAAACUUCCAAAUUUGCUGAAAAUGGUCAAUUUAACAGAUUUAAACUUGUCACACAAUGAGUUCACCAACUUUGUUGAUUUGAAGAAGUCAUAUAGUUUACAAAAGCUAGAUUUAUCACAUAAUCAAUUGAGGAUUUUUAGACAUGCAAUCUCUAGAAAAAUUGGUUGUGUGAAUCAAGGAGAUGAUAAUCAAGAUUUAAUAGGUUUGCAAUCCGAAAAAUCCAUAAGGGUUUUAAGGGUUUUGUGUUUGAAAUCCAAUAAUAUCUCAAAAAUUGAGAAUUUAGAAAAGUUUGAAAACUUAAGAAUAUUAGAUUUGUCUAUCAAUAAAACUAAUAAGAUUGAAAAUAUCAACAAAAUAAAAUUGCUAAAACAUUAUAUUUAUCGGCUAAUAAAAUUGAAACCAUUGAAAAUUUGGAGGGAUUAG